AAAUUUGUUUUUCAUACGAGGGAAUUUUAAAACGGCAGUUUAGUGUUCAGACUGUGAUGCAUGACUUUCUUGUAAUAGUUGUUGUAUUUAAACGUUAUGAGGCUAUUAGACUUGUCAGCUGCAUGUGACUUGUCUCCAUAUUUGGACAAAGCAUCCAAAAAGCAUUUUCCAUCAAUUCAAGCAGAGCCAUGGAAACAUUAGAAUCUAUGUUGAAAGCUGUACGCGAUUUUCUUACUUUCCUUGAACAGAAUAAACAAAGUAUUCUCAAUGUAUCGUCUGUUUCAUCUGUGAAAUUUAAUCCAGUACCAGGUUGUUCAGAAUGUACAACCAGUCUUCCUCCUGCGAAAAAUGAUUACGUUGCUCAAACCCCUUUUGUGCUGUUACCGAAACUUAAUGAAAACCCAGAUAUCUCCCGAAGUGUCGAUACAUAUUGUAAAACGCCCAAGUCAUCAAGGCCUACUCAUAAUCGUGUAAAUAUACCAUGUUCAUUAUCGUCUGAACUAUAUUCAUGGUGUCCUGUCGGACUACAAGUAGAUGGAGAUUGUUCUCUUGCUGGAAUAGAAAGAAGACCAAAUCAAAUGUCUUGUAGAUUUGUAGUAACUAAUCGUGUGUCAUGUGUUUCAGAAAAUGGCCAGAUUGUAUGCACGGAAGGUAACAAUAUAUAUUAUUUACGUGGGGGAUUUUCUUGGACAACAUUUUGUGCACUUCAUCCUAUUCUGUUAAUUGACUCACCUCCUCCUGGAAUAGUUGAUGCAUUUUCUAAUGGUUUUCCUGCACAUAAUUGGAGGAGUUGGACUCAAGGACUGCACUACUUUAUAUCUACUGCUUCCGAAGGGAUUAAGGAAUCUGUAGUCAUUAGUUCUGGUGUACAACCUAUAAAUAUGCCAAGUCCUAUUUGUGCUAAUAGGUUGCCAAAGGAAAAUCAAUACAAGCAUAUAUUAAAUCCAACCAAUCGUGGUGUAGACCUAGAUUCAUUUGUUGGGAAUACAUUUCGUGAUUUGGAAAAAGAUUUGGAGCUUGCUGAUCCUGUUAAGACGAAAGGUAUUCAAACAAAUCAUAAUCAUAAUAACAAUAAAUCACCUAUUGAAUUAAAUGAUAAUAAUUUAUCAUCAAUAGAUUCAUUUUCUCAUUUUACUUCAGUAUCUGAAAAUCAUUAUCCACCAUUAACAUCUAUUCAUUUAUCAAAAAAAUUAAAAAAAACAAAAUUUAUUCAUAAAAAUCCAUUAAAUGAUCAAAAUCAUUUAAUCAAUAAAAGAUCAAUCAAACAAAAUAAUCAAUAUUUAUUAACAGAUAAAGCUAAUUUACAUAAAAUUAAAAAACAAACAAAUAAAAGUCAAUUACGUAAUUUAUUAUCAAAUCAUCAAUCUUUAUUCAAUGAUCAAAGUGAUAAUAAUAAUGAUGAUAAUGAUGAUGAUGAUAAUAUUGAUGAACGUUAUCGUUUAUAUACAGCUUCAGGUAAAGUAGUUGAUGUUAGACAAUUAAAUCGUACAAGAUCUGGACGCAUCGUCAUACCGAAAUUAGACACGCGUUAUGAACAAAGUGUUGUUUUGAAUCGUGGACAUGUAAUGGGUGUCAGUCGUAAUACAGAUGAUGAGACUUUAAUAUCAUGGGUCUCGGAAUCAUCUAGUCAAUAAUAGAAGCGGUAAUUAUAUUUUGUACGGGCGAUGCAUUUCAAACCUACUGAUUUCAUCGGUGUACUUAUUUUUCUAACAUUUUGAUUUUGUUUUUAUAUACUAUAUUUAAAACAGUGCGAAUUAUUUAAUUAGUUUCCUGUUGCUUUUAUUAAUGGGAUUAUAGAGAGAAUUUUGUAAAAUCUAUUGGAAAACUACACCAGAAUUAUUAAAUGCUUUUAUGCUUGACUAU